UUCAGCUGUCAGAACUCACAAAGAAGAGAAACCCCAACUGCAAGAACCAUGAGAUCGGCUGCUUUCAUCCUGCUGGCCUGCCUGCUGUUCAUUGAUGUUGAAGGCAUGGUAUUGCCCCGGGGUCGGUGUCAGUGCAUGGAUACUGGUGUGGAGUCCAUUAAACCCAAACUGAUUGAGAAGGUCGAGGUGUUGUAUCCCAGCUCAUCCUGCAAGAACCUGGAAAUCAUUGUUACUCUGAAGGGAGAAGGAGAACAGAGGUGCUUGAACCCAAGCUCCCACUUUGCCCAGAAUUUCGUCAAGAAAAUGCAAAAACAAAAGAGGAGCAGGGAGUGAAAUGUGCCAUGACAAACAGAGGACUUCGGUUCACUUGCAUUGCCAGGGUGAUUGGAUGACAUUGAGAGAGAUGACAUUGCAUUAGUGUGACCAAAAAGCCACAACGUGAAAUUCAAAUGCAAUAACAACAUGUGUAAAAAAAAAAAACAAGCCAUGUAAAUAUUGAAAAAUGUAUGUACAGUUGUAUAGUUAAUUAUAUGCACUUCUUAAUUGUAUAGAACUAAUAUAAAUUGUGCUUGAUCUCUUUAUUGUAUUGCCAGUUUAAGGAAAUUUCCAGGUAAAUGGUAAAUGGACUGCAUUUAUAUAGCACUUUUAUCCAAGGUAGUUGAAGCUAAUUUGUUCAAGUAUGUUGUGGUCUUUCAAUUUUGACUCCUUUACCUAAACCCUUUUGUAAUGUAUAUUUUGAUAUGAAUAAAAUAUGUGUUAUACUUCA